AUGCUUGAAAAGGCCAAGCAGAAGAAUGUCUAUAAAAAGGUGAUGUGUAUGAGGCUUGGUCCUGAGGUGCUGGAUAUCCCUGAUGACACGUACGAUGCUGUCAUGAUGACAGGAGCGGUAGGUGAUGCUCAUAUGAAUGGAAGUUGCUUUGCAGAAUUCAUUCGUAUUGUCAAACCAGGUGGUUACGUGGUUAUGGACACCAUUGUUAAAUACAUAAAUGGCAGUGAAUAUGGAGGCAAGAGCUGGGAUGAGUUAAUAGAUGACUUCCUCAUGGCAGGACGCUGGGUCACGUUGACCAGACGAAAGGUGGAGAACGCGUUUAACAGUCUUGACGGAAUGCAAUACGCGUUUCAAGUGAAGUAA